CCGCCGCAGGGGGAGGGAGGAAAAAAGAAACUGUCACCGUGGGAUUUCAUCAGCUCCUUCUGCCUGCGUGCAUUUAACCUAUUUUUCUUUGCUUUGAUUAUGUAAGAGGAGCGGUGUAGAGAGGAGCGAUGAGUAGGGGUGGCUGAUGGGCUUCCUAGGGAAUUACCGGGCUUUUUGUCUUCCCCUGGUCCGCCGAGUUAGCGCUGGGAAAUGAGGGAGAGCUGUGUUUUGGGCUUUUACACCUAUUUACGUUGCUUGCGCUGCUCCAAAUGGUGCAGCACAAUGCAGGCGAGGGAGGCAGGCAGUGGAAACAGAAAUUGAGCCAAGUGCUUUAUUUCCCUCUGAGUGAAAAAUCAGGAGAAAAUUAGAAUAUGAAACAGGAGCCAAAAUGACAUCCCGAUUUGGAAAGACCUACAGCCGGAAAGGGGGAAAUGGCAGUUCCAAGUUUGAUGAAGUGUUUUCCAACAAACGGACCACCCUCAGUACAAAAUGGGGAGAAACCACCUUCAUGGCCAAAUUAGGACAGAAGAGGCCCAGUGUCAAACCAGAUAUUUCUGAAGUUCCUAAGAAACCCAAAGUUGAAGAUGAGGUAACAGAGGAUCCAUUUGGAUUUGACAGUGAUGAAGAAUCUCUUCCUGUCUCUUCAAAGAAUGUGUCACAGGCUAAAAGCUCCACUCAGCUGGAAUCUGGUGAAGCUGCUCAGUCUGAGGACUUCACUCCUCUACUUGAAGCAAACAGCAGAAUUAAUCAGCCACACAGUGGAGAAAAUGUUGCCUCCAGCAAGUGCAUACCUUUUGACAAUACUGUUCCUCUCUUGAAAGAAAAGAGCACAAGCAAAAGUGUGGAAGAUGGAGAAUGCAAGAGCAGCAGUGCUAAACUUGUAACUGCAGAUAAAAUCCAGAAUUUGAAAGAAGAUAAUGGGAACAGUCAUUUCAUCUAUGACAAUGCUGGAGACAGUAAUAAAACCAAUGCUGAGACCACAGACAUUUCUGGAUACAACACUGAAGCCAAGGACUUGCCUGAUUCUUGGGACUCCCACGUGGGUAAACCAGCAAAUUCUGCAUCAGAAACAUCUCAGACCAAGGGGCCACUAAGAACUCACUUGUAUGAAUGGGAGGAUGAAACUGAAGACACCAGAACUGGAGAGUAUAUAUUAGCUUUUGACAAUGAACAUCUCUCAGCGGUGAAGAGCAAGGAUGAGGAGUGCGAUAAAGAAGAUAGUGAAAAUCCAAAGGAAGCCAUUAGCGAAGAACUUGUGCAGACUAUUCCUAGGCCAAGCAACUGUAGGACAUAUUGUCGAUCCAACAAAGCAAAACUGCAGGGGGCAACAAAUUUUGACAAGCUAAUGGAUGGCACUAGUCAGUCUUUAUCCAAAGCAAACAAUGAGUCGAAUAAUGAUGGGCUGAACGCAGGAAAAAAAGUUUCUUUAAGUAGUGGGACCAGUUUUAGAGGGACGGUUGGACGGACUAGAGACUACACCGUUCUCCACCCAUCGUGCUUGUCAGUUUGCAAUGUCACCAUCCAGGACACCAUGGAGCGCAUGGAUGAGUUCACCUCAGCAGCUCCCACUGACCUGGGCGAAGCUGGGCGCUUGAGGAAAAAGGCAGACAUGGCCGCCACAAAAACUACAACCAGGUUCCGACCAAGCAAUACCAAAUCCAAGAAGGAUGUCAAAUUAGAGUUUUUUGGGUUUGAUGAUCAAGAUGAGGGAGGGGGAGAUGAAGGCGCCUCUAGAAGCUCUGGGAGUUCCAAUUACAAAAUCAAGUACUUUGGGUUUGAUGACUUAAGUGAAAGCGAGGAUGAAGAUGAAGAGUGGCAGGUAGCAGAAAGGAAGGCCAACAAAAAGCGAAGUAGAACUGUACCAUCCGCUUCACUACAGUCAACCUCUGAUGGCAAUGAAAACUGUUCCCAGGAUAGCCAGCUCAGCACUAAUGCAGAUCUGGAGUUUUCAGAGGAUGCAUCUGGUGUGCAUGAAGGCAAUAAGAAAUCCACAAAUAAACAAGGUGAUAAAUCUAAGGAAAACACCAGGAAGAUUUUUAGUGGGCCAAAGCGGUCUCCCACAAAAGCAGUGUAUAAUGCUAGACACUGGAACCAGCCAGAAUCAGAGGCUCUGCCAGCACCACCAGCUUUGAAAACUCCCAGUGUCCCAGUAAGGCUAUCUUCAAAGGAGGCAAUUCAUAAAGAUGAUGGAGUUUUUAAGGCUCCUGCACCACCUCCCAAAGUGAUAAAAACUGUGACAAUACCUACUCAGCCCUAUCAAGAGAUAGUAACUGCAUUGAAAUGUAGGAAAGAAGACAAAGAAUUAUACACUGUUGUUCAGCAUGUAAAGCACUUCAAUGAUGUAGUGGAAUUUGGUGAAAAUCAAGAGUUCACAGAUGAUAUUGAGUACUUGCUAAGUGGAUUGAAGAGCAAUCAGCCCCUAAACACACGUUGCCUUAGUGUAAUCAGCUUGGCGACCAAGUGUGCCAUGCCCAGCUUCCGAAUGCAUCUGAGGGCACACGGGAUGGUAGCCAUGGUGUUCAAAACACUGGAUGAUUCCCAGCACCAUCAGAAUUUGUCCCUUUGUACAGCAGCUCUAAUGUACAUCCUUAGUAGAGAUCGUUUGAAUAUGGAUUUAGACAGAGCUAGUCUAGACCUGAUGAUACGGCUUCUAGAAUUGGAACAAGAUGCUUCCUCUGCCAAGCUGCUGAAUGAAAAAGACAUGAAUAAAAUUAAGGAAAAAAUUCGGAGACUCUGUGAGACUGUUCACAACAAACAUCUCGAUCUCGAAAACAUCACGACUGGGCAUUUGGCAAUGGAGACGUUACUGUCUCUCACCUCAAAGCGAGCUGGGGACUGGUUUAAAGAAGAACUGCGACUUCUGGGUGGUCUGGAUCAUAUUGUAGAUAAAGUUAAAGAAUGUGUGGAUCACCUAAGCAGUGAUGAAAAUGAAGAGAAGUUGGUUGCUUCCUUAUGGGGUGCAGAGAGAUGUUUACGGGUCUUGGAAAGUGUAACUGUGCAUAAUCCAGAAAAUCAGAGCUAUCUGAUAGCAUACAAAGACUCUCAGCUCAUAGUCUCCUCAGCUAAAGCACUGCAGCAUUGUGAGGAGUUAAUCCAGCGAUAUAAUCGUGCUGAAGACAGUAUCUGUUUACCAGACAAUAAGUCUGUGCCUCACCAGAAUGUAACUAACCACGUGGGUAAAGCCGUGGAAGACUGUAUGAGGGCCAUCAUUGGGGUCUUGCUCAACCUGACAAAUGAUAAUGAAUGGGGUAGUACAAAAACAGGUGAACAAGAUGGUCUGAUAGGCACAGCGAUGAAUUGUGUGCUUCAGGUUCCCAAGUUCCUACCUCAAGAACAGAGAUUUGAUAUUCGUGUGCUGGGAUUGGGUCUGUUGAUCAAUCUCGUGGAGUACAGUGCCCGGAACAGGCACUGCCUUGUCAAUAUGGAAACAUCAUGUUCUUUUGACUCCUUGUGUACGGGCGAAGGAGAUGAAAGCCUGAAGAUAACUGGACAGAUUGAUGCUGUUCAGGCUUUAGUGCAGCUGUUCCUGGAGUGUGAGCGAGCGGCACAGCUGGCCGAGAGCCAGACGGACGAGCUGAUUAAAGAAGCUCCCACUGCUCAGCAUGAUAAGAGUGGGGAAUGGCAGGAGACAAGUGGGGAGAUCCAGUGGGUCUCCACAGAGAAGUCAGAUAGUACUGAGGAGAAGGAUAAGAAGGAAGAAGAUGAUGAAGAACUUGAUCUUAAUAAAGCUCUUCAGCAUGCUGGGAAGCACAUGGAAGACUGCAUUGUGGCCUCAUACACAGCAUUGCUUCUAGGCUGUCUCUGCCAGGAGAGUCCAAUCAAUGUGACUACUGUGAGGGAGUACUUACCUGAAGGGGACUUCUCGAUAAUGACUGAAAUGCUCAAAAAAUUUCUCAGUUUUAUGAACCUUACUUGUGCUGUUGGAACAACAGGCCAGAAAUCUAUCUCUAGGGUGAUUGAAUACUUGGAACACUGCUAGAUACUUAACUUCCGCUGCAGGCACUCUAAUGCUGGAGCUACCCUUAGACAAAAGAAGAAGUCAUGAAAGAAGUCCUUGAAGGAUAUACCAAGAGCAUUCAUCUGUGUCAUUCGUGUUCGGAUUUUUAAGGCUACCUGGUCUCUUAACCAUGCAUUCAGCAUUUUCUAAAAGACAGUUACUACAUCAAUCUGCAACUAUCAAAAAUGAGGGGAAAAAGGUUCUGAGGAAAGUAAAUAAAGAAACCUUGCUGUUUAUGAUGCAGUGCAGUAUUUAAAUAUUUUUGGCAGGGUUUACCCUCCCUAUCUUUUUUCUUGCUUUGUUCGUGACAAGUUUCAAGGGGAAAAACUUGCUGCUGAUAGUGCAACUGCUGUUUACUGUUGAGCCACUGUUUCAUGCCAGCCAGGUGCAAAGGCAGCUUAGCUACUGAGGUAUCAAACAAAUGUUCUAAUAAAGAAGUUCUGGACAGCAGCACCGCUCCUAUUUGAGUUUAAUUUGCUCCUGCUUUUUUUAUUACUAGAUGAUUCCAAAAUCAUAAAAUAUAAAUUUUUAAAUACUUUUGUGAUUUUAACUACUGUCUAUAUUUAAAAUUUGUUGGAAUCCAAAGAGGUGAGGAUUGGAUAGUUUAUUUUUUAUACUGUUUUGAUUGAAAUUAGGUUGUUGAACUAUUUCUCAGUUCUAAAACUCCCAUGGCCCACGUACUGUAACCUGCUAGACCAUAAUGCUUUGUAGUUCCAAGAGCAUGCAGACCCAUAAACACAUAAAGCCAUUGAGGGUAUGUUAUCCACUAAAGGAAUAGUGACUGUAAAAAGUUGUGCCCUGUUAAAACGCAAAUUAAAUAAA